UGAUACUUGUAAGUGGACUUCUCCAUUGACCCCUUUAUUGAACAAACAAAAUCAUUUUCUAAAGGGUCUGCUUAUUGAUCUCAUGUAGUACACAAAUGAAUGCAACUAAUAGACCAAAAGUUGUCCUAAUUAACCUUCUAACCCUCUUCGGUGUACACAUUCACACCAAGGUGCAAUUGCUAGUAUAUAUCCCUGUCACAGCUGCAUCUUCGAAGUUUUCAAUUGAAAGAUAUUUUGUAACUCGAGAACCAUGGCUGCAGCUGCUGUACUGAAAAGACUGCAAGGCAAGGUUGCAGUAAUCACAGGAGGAUCAGGAGGACUUGGUGAAGCCACCGUAAGGCUGUUUGCCAAUCAUGGAGCCAAAGUCAUAAUUGCUGACAUUGCAGAUGAAGCCGGUACAAAAGUGGUUGAAACCCUUUCUCCCUGGGCGACAUAUAUCCACUGUGACGUGACCAAAGAGCAAGAUGUAAGCGCAGCUGUAGAUUUAGCCAUGGAAAAGCACGGAAAACUCGACAUAAUGUUUAAUAACGCAGGGACCACCAACAUCCAGAAGGGGACCGUGGCAGAGUAUGAUAUGGAUCAAUUCGAGCGAGUGAUGAAUAUAAAUGUAAAAGGAGUAAUACACGGCAUGAAGCACGCAGCCCGUGUUAUGAUCCCCAACAAAAAGGGUCGCAUUAUUUCUAUAGCUAGUAUAGCAGGUGUAAUGGGAGGAGUGGCUACAUACUCCUACACAGCCUCCAAACAUGCAGUCAUUGGGCUGACUAAAAAUGGUGCAGUCGAACUGGGGAAAUAUGGUAUCAGAGUGAAUUGUAUUUCUCCUGCUGCUGUUGUCACAGAUAUGGUGAUGAGGUACCAUGGAGAGACUCCUUCAGCAGAGGCAAAGGCCAAGCUGGAGGCCUCGUUAAACAGACGGGCCACAUUAAAGGAGGCAACCCUUGAAACAGUGGAUGUUGCAAAGGCUGCUCUAUAUCUGGCCAGCGAGGGAUCCAAAUACGUAAGCGGUAAUAAUAUUGUGGUAGAUGGAGGAAUAACAAUUGUAAACAACGACUGGGCACUGUACCGGUGAUCACUGGCAGACUCCUAAGUCAAUUCCACAUAAAAGAGAGUGUGGAAAUACCAUAUAGUU